GUCAAGUCGCGGUUAUUGGAGGAUACUGGUCGUAAAUUCACUGUUUUGUCUUGAACUACGACAGCGAAGAUGCUGCGAGCAGCGGUAGUAGCAAGGCAAGACUUGCUUCGGCAGUUAAACAAGACAUCUGUUCCUGCUGUGUCCAGUGCAAGACUUAUACACAGAGAACCCUUGCAUCCGGAAUGGAGAGAGUUGGGAAAAAAGCAGUUGAAAGGAGCUGAUCCUGUGGAAAAACUAACAUGGCAUACCCCCGAAGGCAUAGACAUUAAACCAGUAUUUACAAGACAAGAUACAGUGAGCCAUCCAGAAGAGUUGCCUGGUAAAUAUCCCUACACUAGAGGACCAUAUCCUACGAUGUAUACACAAAGACCCUGGACCAUCAGACAGUAUGCUGGCUUCAGUACUGUGGAAGAAAGUAAUAAGUUCUACAGAGAUAAUAUCAAAGCAGGACAGCAAGGAUUGAGUGUAGCAUUUGAUCUAGCUACACACAGAGGCUAUGAUUCUGAUAACCCUCGCGUCCAUGGUGAUGUGGGGAUGGCUGGUGUAGCUAUUGACUCUGUAGUUGAUAUGAAGCUGCUGUUUGAUGGAAUCCCUCUGGAGAAGAUGUCUGUUUCCAUGACGAUGAAUGGUGCCGUUCUACCUAUAAUGGCAAUGUACAUUGUGGCUGCGGAAGAACAGGGAGCUAAGCAAGAGCAGUUGACUGGGACAAUACAAAAUGAUAUUUUGAAAGAAUUCAUGGUCAGAAAUACUUAUAUUUAUCCACCAGCACCAUCAAUGAAAAUUGUCUCCGAUAUCUUUUAUUCAUCACAUAACAUGCCAAAGUACAAUUCUAUAUCUAUUUCUGGCUAUCAUAUGCAAGAAGCAGGUGCUGAUGCUGUAUUAGAAUUAGCAUUCACAUUGGCUGAUGGCAUCGAAUAUUGCAGAACAGGUUUAACAGCUGGUAUGGAUAUUGAUGAAUUUGCUCCAAGGUUGUCAUUCUUCUGGGGAAUUGGAAUGAACUUCUACAUGGAAAUCGCUAAAUUACGAGCAGCAAGGCGAUUGUGGGCACGACUAAUAAAAGAGCAAUUUAAGCCCAAGAAAGCAAAGUCUAUGUUAUUGCGUUGCCAUAGCCAGACAUCUGGAUGGUCACUUACUGAACAGGAUCCCUACAAUAACAUUAUACGAACAACUAUAGAAGGCAUGGCUGCUGUGUUUGGUGGAACUCAGUCCUUACAUACAAACUCAUUUGAUGAGGCACUUGGAUUACCAACAGUGAAAAGCGCUCGUGUCGCCAGGAACACUCAGAUCAUAAUACAGGAAGAGAGUGGUAUUACAAAGGUAGCAGAUCCUUGGGGUGGUUCCUAUAUGAUGGAAUGUUUAACAGACGAACUGUGUGAUGCCGCUAUGAAAGUAAUUAAUGAGGUUGAAGAGCUGGGUGGUAUGGCUGCAGCCGUAGCUGCUGGAAUGCCAAAACUCAGGAUAGAAGAAUGUGCAGCUAAAAAACAAGCUAGAAUUGAUUCCAAAAAAGAGAUAAUCGUUGGUGUUAAUAAAUACAAACUUGACAAAGAAGAUCCCUUAGAUGUGUUGUCUGUGGACAAUACUAAAGUGAGAGAAGAACAGAUUGCUCGGUUGAAGGAGAUGAAGGCUACGAGAGACACUAAAGCAGCUGAAGCUGCAUUGGCUGCAAUCACCGAGUGCUGUCGUAGUGGUGAUGGUAACCUAUUGGAUCUCUCAAUAAAGGCUGCUAGAGCUCGUUGUUCAGUCGGUGAGAUAUCCCAAGCUAUGGAAACAGUUUUUGGAAGACAUAAAGCAACAGAUAGAAUGGCUAGUGGUGUCUACAAGGGUGAAUAUGGUGAAACUGAUGAUCUUGGAAAAUGUAUUAAGAAAAUUGAUGUAUUUGCUGAAAAUGAGGGUCGUCGUCCAAGAAUCUUGGUAGCCAAAAUGGGACAGGAUGGACAUGAUCGUGGUGCUAAGGUCAUUGCCACAGGCUUUGCUGAUGUUGGCUUUGAUGUAGACAUUGGACCUUUAUUCCAGACUCCAAGGGAAGUUGCCCAACAAGCUGUGGAUGCUGAUGUUCAUGCCGUAGGUGUCAGUACGCAGGCCGCGGGUCAUAAAUCCCUGGUGCCAGAAUUAGUCAAAGAAUUAAAGGAACUUGGUAGACCAGAUAUUCUUGUGAUAUGUGGAGGAGUCAUUCCACCCAAAGAUUACGACUUUCUCUAUGAAACUGGAGUUACAAGUAUAUUUGGACCUGGUACACGUAUCCCAGAAGCUGCACUAAAAGUUGUUGAAGACAUCAAAGACAGUAUCAAUAAGAGGGCUGCAUCUUUGUAGAAUAAAAAGUUAACAAUACAGUAAUUAUUUUCACCAUGACAGAAAAGGUUACCGGGGGUAAUCCUAUAGCUGACAAUUCACAAUUUAAAAUUCAAGGAAAUUUUUUUUUAUCCAUGUGAUUUAAAAAAAUAUAUAUUUAAUUUAGUUUGUAAUUAGUAUUCUGCAUAAUGUAUUAGUAGCACUUCUAUAUUUAUUGUACUACCGUUCUUUGAGAAAGGGUGUGUUUAGAACAAAUCCAACCCUUAUUUGCAUUUUAUCGAACAUUGUCGCUUUAUGAACACAUUUAAGAAUAUGUUUAUAAUAAGGAUAAACUUACUUUCCAUUGUCUUUUCUUCACGUUCAUGUGCAGUAAGGCAUUGGUCAAAUUACUAUAGUCAUUAUGGAAAUUGUUCAAGUAUUUUACCUACCCUGUUUUUGUCGCAUGGACAGAUAUCAGCAUGACUCUGUGACAACUGUUAGUAAGACAGUUGACAGCAUAUUUCAUAGAAAUCUUUACGUGUAUGCAUGCAUUCUGUGAUUUGUUGAGGUGAUCAGUCUUUUCGCAAUAGCAUUUACAGAUUUUAUAUGAUUUUUGCUUGUAUUUUUUACAUGAAGCAUGAUUUAUAUAAUGUUUAUAAAAAAUAUUUUGGCAGUACAUUGAUUAUAACUGUAUUAUUAGCAUUUAAUAGUUUGUACUGUGAUUUGAUGAGUAUCCAAUCAAACAAAAUGAUUCUUGCACAACACCUGGUUCUAAAUAUUCAUGACAACUCUUUCAUUACAUCAAAUGUUAUACAUUUCCUAGAUUAGUGCAUCUUAUUUUAGGUUAUCCAGACAAUGAUUCAUUCAGUGAGCAGGCAAAAUCCAGGUCCAUAUUGCUGACUGGUGAAUAGUGUAACUAUUGAAAUUGAUCAGUUUCUCGGUAUUCAAAGAUUUCUAUCAAAAUAUUGCAGAUAAUACAAAUUUAUAAUAAUACCAUAAACAGAAAUACAACUAUUUUAAGAUGAGUUUUAUCAGAUUUGGAACACUGAUAUACUAACAGCUGAAACCAUUCAAUAAAUUAAUGAACAUCUUUCUUGUGAUCUAGUCUAACUCAGUAUAUCUAGUUUCU